AUGACACCAAAUAAUUCAUUCUGUGGUGUCGGUAUUGCGUACAACGCCAAAGUUGGAGGUAUUCGAAUGUUGGAUGGUAAAGUGACCGAUCGUAUUGAAGCCGAAGCGUUAAGUUAUAACAUCGAUCAUAUAGAUAUUUUUUCGGCCAGUUGGGGACCAACUGAUGAUGGAAAAACAGGACGUGGAGGAAAAGGCGUAAUUUAUGUAUGGGCAUCGGGAAAUGGUGGAAUGAAAGAUGAUGACUGCGACUGUGAUGGCUACAUGGACAGUAUCUAUACUUUCUCGGUAUCAAGCGUUACCGAAGAUGGUACCUUUCCGUGGUAUGCCGAAAAAUGCGCCGCCACUUUAACGUCUACCUACUCCAACGGUCAUCAUAAUGAACGCAUGAUUGUAAAUUAA